ACCCGCCAUACCCGCACCGCGCCGCACCGCCAGUACCUGUCCAGUUCCCGCCCGAGCGCGUCGGGGCGAGCUCUGUCCUCUUCGGUGCUCUGCCCUGUUGCUGUUGUCUGUUGUGUGGGAGGGAGUGAACCCAAGUCGCAGCUCUCAGUGAUCAUGGUGGCCGAGGCGCGCCGCCUGCCCGUCUCGCUGCCCGUGCACGGCGUGCUGGUGCUGGCCGUCCUCGCCCUCGCCACCGGCGCCUCCGCCACGCAGUACGAAGGCAGCCCCUGCUUCCACGAGGACAGCCAGAGCCGCGGCGUGUGCAAGCUGCUGCCCUACUGCUCGUGGGCCGUCAAGGAGCGCCGCUCCGACCUGUACCCGCAGACGUGCUCCUACGACGGCUACAUGCCCGUCGUGUGCUGCCCCUACACGCGGACCCACGACCCGCCGCACCUGCCGCUGCGGCCCACCAGGCCCAUCCUGGCCGGUCUGGGGCCGGACGGCGUGGCGCUCGUGGUGCCCGUCAUGGAGGCCGCGCCGCCGCUCAACAUCGGCGGCCUGCUGGGCCCGGUGCCGCCGUCGCACCCCUCGCACGCCAGCAGCCCGGACCAGCCCGACCGGCUGCAGCAGGAGGUGGGCGUGCUGGACCGCCUGCUGGGCAUCAUCGAGCUGAGCGACGGCUCGGCGCUGUUCGCCAGGCGGGGGCGCACGCGGCCCACGAGCACCUCCACGACGACGGCGCCCUCGCCGUGACCGCCCGGACGCCCCGCCUGGGCGUGAAGAAGCGAUCUCAGCGCGGACUCUCGAUUGAGUUGCGCCGAUGGCCGGCCGCGUGCCGCCCGGCCCGAGAUGCCGCCGCGGUGGCCGGCGGUGCCGCUGCUAGCCGCUGCCCCGCUGCCGCCGGUGGAGCGGCGUCAUGGAAGCUUUCCCGGCGAGGCGAGCGCAGCGCGCGCAGCGAGUCCGGCUCCGGCAGAACUCCGCGCUGGAGUCUGCAGGCCUGCAGGGCUGCUUCGCGCUCGCCUUGCAGCGCCUGGCCGCGCCCGGCUGGCUCGGUCAUUCCCCCUGGACCGCCCUGGACGGGGACUGCCGAUGGCCACUGGCCGCAAAGCGCGUCCCUCGCUGCAGGCGGCCGACUGCACUCCGCACGCGCUGCUGGCGUCCUGGAACCGCCUGGAACCGCCUGGAACCCUGCGGACGAUACUGGAGUCGGUGGCCGCGGGGCUGGACUGCACUCCCCGCUGCUACUUGGCCGCCUCCCAAAAGGACUGCCGGCCACGGCGGCGUGGCCUGACCGGCCUGACCCUCAUGCUAUGUAUCCCUCGGGCGGUGAUAAGCCCUUUAAUUUAUUUGCUGUACGAAUUACAGUGUUACCAUA